AUGGCUGAAUCCAACGGCAAGGGCUCCCACAACGAGUCUUCGUCAGAUGAUGAUGAGGAGUAUGAGGAUAACAACAGGGGUUUUAACCUGGGAUUUAUCUUUGGGAAUGUUGAUAACUCGGGGGACUUGGAUGCUGAUUACCUUGACGAGGAUGCAAAAGAACAUCUUUCGGCAUUGGCAGAUAAGCUGGGUUCAUCUCUACCAGAUAUAAAUUUGUUGGCAAAAUCAGAUCGUACAACAAGUGAUCCAGCUGAGCAAGAUUAUAAUAGAAAAGCUGAGGAUGCUGUUGAUUAUGAGGAUAUUGAUGAACAGUAUGACGGGCCUGAGGUUCAAGUAGUUAGUGAGGAAGAUCAUUUACUGCCAAAAAAGGAAUAUUUUUCGACUGCAGUUGCUUUAGGUAGUCUAAAUUCCAGAGCUUCUGUGUUUGACGAUGACGACUACGAUGAGGAAGAAGAACAAGAGGAGGAGCAUGCGCCAGUUGAAAAGCCUUUUGAGAUUGAAGAGAAGGAACCAGUUGCCUUAAAGGAAGACAAGCUCUUAGAGUAUAAAAAGGAGGCUAAAAUCUUGGAAAAUGAGGAUCUGAUGGAGAUAGACGAUGCUGAGGAGGAGGAGGAGGAUGAGUUAUCGGAAGGUACAGUAGACGAGAAAGCCGCCACCCCACUGCCUACUUUGUAUGUGGAAGAUGGUAUGGUCAUCUUACAGUUCUCCGAGAUAUUUGCUAUCCAUGAGCCACCAAAGAAACGGGACAAGAGAGAAAAUAGAUAUGUCACUUAUAAAGACAAAUACAUAUCCAUGGAUAUUUCUGAGCUUGUUGAAGAUGAUGAAGAGGUACUCCUGAAGAGCCAUGGUGGGAUUGAUACUCAUGUUAACCAAGCUGAUCUGAUUCAGCUGGAUGCUCCCUUUCCUAUGAGAGAGGGUUUACAGCUAGUAAAAACUGGCGCAAUUGGAGGCAUCGCUCCAGAAUCAAGAAAAAUUACCAAGCUAGGAAGGGAUUCAUGUAUCAUGGGUGAACUGUUGAAGCAGGACUUAAUAGACGACGAUUCAUCUUUGUGCGAGUCUCAGCUAUCAGUGGAAGUUUUUCCUCUUGACCAGCAUGAAUGGGAACAUCGAAUUCUUUGGGAAAAUUCUCCCGAAACUAGUGGUAAUUCCUGUGAGGGCUUCAAAUCUGGACUUGAGUUAGAAGGCAUGCUGAUUCAAGAAACAAAUUCAGAGACUGAACAAGAAAACUUGAGUGUGAUGAACUCUGUAGAGCAAGGUCAAGCUGACAACAAUAUGCUUGUGCCUUUUUCUGCCAAUCUCUUGGAGUCUUUUGGCUCAAGAGGUUCCCAGUCUACAAACGAGUCCACUAGCAAAAGUAGACAUCAUCCACAACUCCUAAGGUUAGAAUCUCAGUGGGAUGGGGAUCAUCUUAGUGAAAAUGAAGAGGUUGAGAAUAUAAAGCGACAUGAAAGCAAUGCUCUCGGGCGGUUUAGCAGACUUGCAUUGCAAGAGAGGGAUAUGGGGGAUGAGGCAUGGUUAGAUAGUAUAAUAUGGGAAUCGGAUAAAGAGUUGAGCAGGUCUAAACUAAUUUUUGAUCUUCGAGAUGAGCAAAUGGUCUUUGAAGUUUUGGAUAACGAGGAAAGCAAAAAUCUUCAACUUCAUGCUGGGGCUAUGAUUAUACCCCGGUCUUCAAAAUCCAAGAAUGAAAGCUUUCUGGAAGGCUGUGAAUCAAAUUCUGGGUGGCAAUUUAAUAUAUCUAAUGACAAGUUCUAUAUGAAUGGGAAAAGCUCUCAGCAACUUCAAGCAAAUACUAAUAAAUCCGGCGGUCAUAGUUUGAGAGUCUUUCAUUCAGCACCAGCAAUUAAAUUGCAGACGAUGAAAAACAAAUUGAGCAAUAAGGACAUAGCAAAUUUUCACCGGCCCAAAGCUUUAUGGUAUCCACAUGACAAUGAGCUAGCCAUCAAGCAGCAAGGAAAGUUACCCACCCGAGGAUCUAUGAAAAUUGUAGUGAAGAGCCUGGGGGGUAAAGGAAGCAAGCUCCACGUUGGCAUAGAGGAAUCUGUCUCUUCUUUAAAAGCCAAGGCUUCUAGAAAGCUAGAUUUUAAAGAAACAGAAGCAGUGAAGAUGUUUUAUAUAGGAAAGGAACUUGUGGAUGAAAAGUCUCUUUCUGAACAAAAUGUUCAACCAAAUGCCUUGGUCCAUGUUGUACGCACCAAAGUACAUCUGUGGCCAUGGGCACAAAAGUUGCCUGGCGAAAAUAAAUCGUUGAGACCUCCUGGAGCAUUCAAGAAGAAAUCUGACCUAUCUACUAAAGAUGGCCAUGUCUUCUUGAUGGAGUAUUGCGAGGAGAGGCCGUUGAUGCUCAGCAAUGCAGGAAUGGGUGCAAAUUUGUGCACGUAUUAUCAGAAAUCAUCCUCAGAGGAUCAACAUGGGAACUUGCUGCGCAAUCAAAGUGACACCUUAGGGAAUGUGGUGAUUCUAGAACCUGGGGACAAAUCCCCUUUCCUUGGGGAGAUACAAGCUGGUUGCAGUCAGUCAUCUGUUGAAACAAAUAUGUAUAAAGCACCUGUUUUUCCGCAUAGAUUGCAAUCAACAGAUUACUUGUUGGUCCGGUCUCCUAAAGGAAAGCUCUCUCUGAGACGUAUUGACAAGAUAGUUGCUGUUGGACAACAGGAACCUCGCAUGGAAGUUAUGUCUCCUGGAUCAAAGAAUCUACAGACUUAUUUAGUGAACAGGAUGUUGGUCUAUGUGUACCGAGAAUUUGCGAAGCGUGAAUUGCCCCCUCCAAUUGCUGCAGAUGAGCUGUCUUUCUUAUUUUCUAACUUAACAGAUGCAAUCAUCAAGAGGCACAUGAAAGUUUGUGCUAAUAUGAGGAGGGAUAAAAAUGGCCAGCCUUGUUGGUACAAGAAAAAUGAAUAUACAAUUCCACCUGAGAAUGAGCUCAAAAAGCUGGUGGCCCCAGAGCAUGUGUGUUCCUAUGAGAGUAUGCUAGCUGGGCUGUACCGGCUCAAACAUUUAGGGAUUACCCGGUUUACAUUGCCUGCCAGCAUAUCAAAUGCAUUGGCUCAGCUCCCAGAUGAAGCUAUUGCCCUUGCCGCUGCAUCACAUAUUGAGAGGGAGUUGCAGAUUACUCCAUGGAAUCUAAGCAGUAAUUUUGUUGCUUGUACAAAUCAGGACAGAGCAAAUAUAGAGCGUUUGGAAAUCACUGGGGUUGGCGAUCCGUCUGGACGGGGUCUAGGAUUCAGCUUUGUGAGAGCUGCACCAAAAGCACCAGCUGCGGCCGGGCAUAUGAAGAAAAAGGCAGCAGCUGGUCGUGGAGCCCCAACUGUCACUGGUACCGAUGCUGAUCUUCGCAGAUUAAGCAUGGACGCGGCUCGAGAGGUUCUUCUCAAGUUCAAUGUUCCUGAUGAGAUAAUUGCCAAACAAACUCGAUGGCACCGUAUAGCUAUGAUACGGAAGCUAUCAAGUGAGCAGGCUGCAUCUGGUGUUAAGGUUGAUCCUACAACCAUAGGAAAGUAUGCCCGUGGCCAGAGAAUGUCUUUCCUGCAGAUGCAACAACAGGCCCGAGAAAAGUGCCAGGAGAUUUGGGAUAGGCAACUUUUGUCCCUUUCAGCUUUUGAUGGUGAUGAGAAUGAAAGCGAAAAUGAGGCAAACAGUGACUUGGACUCCUUUGCCGGAGAUCUGGAAAAUUUACUCGAUGCCGAGGAAGGUGGGGAUGGGGAAGAAUCUAAUAUGUCUAAGAAUGACAAAUUGGAUGGAGUUAAGGGUCUCAAGAUGAGACGGCGGCCAUCUCAAGUUGAGACGGACGAAGAAAUUGAAGAUGAAGCUACUGAAUAUGCGGAGUUAUGCCGAUUGCUGAUGCAAGAAGAGGAUCAGAAGAAGAAAAAGAAGAAGACUAGAGCUGUGGGAGAAGGAAUGGGAUCCUUUCCUCCACCACGGCCCAAUAUAGGUUUUCAGAUUGCUGAACCUGUAAGAAAGGCCACUGUCAUUGACAAGAAACCUAUUGCCACCCAACCUGAUGCAUCUUUCUUACUAAAUGAGAGCACCGUCAAAGACACCAGAAAUGUUGAUAUCCCAAUGAUUAAGACCCCCAAAGGUAAACAGGUAAAGGAGAGCGGCAAUUCUUUGGGCCAAGUGCCGAAGCUCAAAAUAGUGAACGAUAACCUAAAGCAGCAGUUCAAGGAAAAGAAAUCGGCGAGAGAGAACUUUGUUUGUGGAGCCUGUGGCCAGCAUGGGCACAUGAGAACCAAUAAACACUGCCCAAGAUACAGAGAAAAUACAGAAUCACAGCCCGAAGGUAUGGAUAUAGACAAGUCUGUGGGGAAACCGAGUUCUUCUGAACAAUCAGGUCAGACAAAGAAGCUGAAACCUAUCAAGAACACCAAGGCUGCGCCAAAAAGCGCAAUGAAAGUUUCUGUAGAUGAAGCUCCGAAGGGAGAUAAUUCAAGUUCCAAAACUGGGACGCUCCCUCUGAGGUUUAGAUAUGGUAUCCCUGCUGGAGGGAUGUCAGAUAACCCUGGUUCUGAAGCUCCAGGAAGUUCUGAGCAAGCAGCAGUGUCUGACAUAGACACUAAGACGAAGUCCACGUCCAAGUUUAGCAAACUCAAGAUUUCCAGUAAGCCAAAACCUAAAGAAUCAAAGGUUGAAUCUGACAGACCUUCGCAGUCAUUGAUGCCUACUUACAGCAGAGAGAGAGCGGAGAGCGAAACUCACAAGCCUUCAGUUUCUGGACAACCCUUGUCUAGUACAGAGAGAAAUCAAGGUGCGUCAAGCAGGCACACUAUUUCUAUCCCGCAGCCAUCAGUGAGCUUGGAUAGAGACCAAGCGGAAUCUCGUAGGCCUCAUCUCGUGAUACGACCGCCGACAGAGAGAGAGCAGCCUCAGAAGAAGCUCGUUAUAAAACGCUCGAAAGAGAUAACUGAUCAUGACAUGAGUAGUCUUGAAGAGAGUCCACGGUUCGAGUCCCGGAAAACAAAGAGAAUGGCGGAACUGGCGGGUUUUCAGAGGCAGCAGAGCUUCAGAUUGCCGGAGAACUCUCUAGAGCGGAGACCAAAAGAGGAUAGAGCGUGGUGGGAAGAAGAGGAGAUAAGUACGGGAGGGCACAGGGCGGCGAGGAGAGAUUACGAUGAUAUGUCUGUAUCAGAAGAACCCAACGAGAUAGCUGAGAUUAGAAGAUACGAAGAGGUAAUACGGAGUGAGAGGGAAGAAGAGGAACGACAAAAAGCCAAGAAGAAGAAGAAGAAAAAGAAACUGCAACCCGAAUUAGUAGAAGGGUAUCUAGAAGAUUACCCUCCUAGAAGAAACGAUAGAAGAUUGUCAGAAAGAGGAGGCCGGAACGUCAGAAGCCGGUAUGUCUCCGACUUCGAAACAAAUGGUGCUGAUUAUGCGCCUCAACCAAAACGACGCAAGAAAGGAGAGGUUGGUCUAGCGAACAUCUUGGAAUCGAUAGUGGACACACUAAGGCUCAAAGAAGAAGUGUCACGCCUCUUCUUGAAACCGGUCUCCAAGAAGGAAGCUCCGGACUAUCUAGACGUCGUUGAGCGUCCGAUGGACCUGUCGACGAUCCGGGACAAGGUGCGGAAGAUAGAGUACAGAGACAGAGAGCAGUUUAGGCACGACGUGUGGCAGAUAAAGUUCAAUGCACAUCUUUACAACGACGGGCGUAACCCGGGGAUACCUCCGUUGGCGGAUCAGUUGCUGGAGAUUUGUGAUUACUUGCUGGAUGAACACGGAGAUCAGUUAACAGAAGCAGAGAAAGGUAUAGAUCCUAAUGAUUGA